ACCCUACAAAAUAAAAAUGAUUUUCUCUAGUUUGGACACACAAGAACAGCCUAAGAAGAAACCGAUAAAAGCGGCAAACCAGACAGGAGUAGUCUCCGGGGAGUGGGCAUAUAUAUUAAGAGGUCCAUGAAUAGCAGAACCAUAUCAAACUGCUAUGCCCUUUGACAAGUUUUACAUGUCUUGGUGGAAUGCUUGUCGGGUAAGCGUGGAAUUCUGGGCAAGUCUCGAGCUUCUGUCUUGGCGAUGAAUCGGUGGAGUUCGAUUAUCUGGUUUCUCCUUUCUGGGUUCUUGUUCAAUGUUGAAUCACAGGCUGCCCCAGGACAGGAGAACUUCUCUUCACAAGAUGCUGUUACUGCUUUUAAACCAAGCCUUGCUGUGGUGAUUGGAAUCCUGACUGUGAUGUUUUUGUUAACAUUUGUUCUUCUUGUGUAUGCAAAACUCUGUCACAGGGUGUCGAACAGUGAUCGGGAAAAUCAGCAGGGGCUUACCAGAUCAGAGUCUCGGUUUUCUGGAAUCGACAAAACUGUAAUCGAGUCACUUCCUUUCUUCAGAUUCUGUUCGCUUAAAGGGUCAAAGGAAGGGCUUGAAUGUGCAGUCUGCCUAUCAAAAUUUGAAGACAUAGAAAUUCUCAGGCUGUUGCCUAAGUGCAAACAUGCCUUCCACAUUGACUGUGUUGAUCAGUGGCUUGAGAAGCAUUCAAGCUGCCCUCUUUGUAGGCACAAGGUCAGCGCCGAGGACCUUGCAAUCUUAACGUAUUCGAAUAGUUUGAGGUUCUUAUGGAACCAGUCUGAGCUAAGAGAGGACUCAAAUUUGGAGCUCUUUGUUCAAAGAGAGGAAGAUCAUCAUGGGUCUUCCAGGUUCAGCAUUGGAAGCAGCUUUAGGAAGAUCGAAAAGGGUGUGAAGGAAGAAGAAUCAGUACUAAUCCAAGAAGAAGAAGAUAAUAAUGAUGAUGAAAAAAUCUUGCACAAGAUCAAUCACAAGAUUAUUGUAUCCGAUGUUGUCCUCAAGAACAGAUGGAGCAGUGUGAGUUCUUCAGACUUGAUGUAUCUGAAUUCAGAACUGGUUCAUGCCAUGUCAAGCGAUAGAUUUGCUUCUUUGGAUUCAAACAACUCCGCAAUGGGAAGACCAAUUGAGGACUGGGAAGUCAUGAAGAUCAAGGAGGAAAUAGAGAGGAAGAGAAUUUUCGAAAGCAGGGUCAGUAGAAUCAACCAGAGCAACCCAGUUUCACCUUCAGGCCUUCCUUCUACUUCAAAAACUGAAGCAAACUCAGGUCAUGCUUCACGCUCCUUGCAUCCCACCGAAAAGAGAUCAAUGUCAGAGAUCACAGCUUGUUCAAGAUACGCAGAUUUCAGUACAAAGAAUAGAAUUAGGGAGUCUUCUUUAGCUCAAAAUAACAUAAAGGAGGAGAGAAUGAGGCAGCUUUGGUUGCCAAUUGCAAGAAGAACAGUUGAAUGGUUUGCCAAUAGAGAAGGGUCUCAACAGUCUCAAAACACAAAACAGGCACCAGAUGUAUGAAUCCAACCCAGAAAUAGCUCUCAGAAGUUUCUCAUUUCCUGCCAUUUUUGCAUAUUUUGCAGUUUCUGAACAUUGUUACCCGAAAAUUGGAUAGGAAUCCAUGGAAACACUCAUCAUGUAGGUAUAUUUCUUGUUAUAUACCAAAAAGAGCAGACAUACAUUUUCAUUUUGUUAUUUUCAUGAUUCCACAUAAACUCCAUGACAUGUUUGCCA